UUCGCUCUUCCCCGUGCCCCUCCCCCCUCCCAUCUGUUUCCCCGGCUGCGCGCGGAGCUCCCACAUUGUAUGGCCAGGGCAGCAGCGGCGGCGGCGGCGGCGGAGGGGACGACGACGGCGCGGGGCGGUGGGGGCAGAAGAUGGGUCGCCCGCAGCAGCAGCAGCAGCUGCGCCGCCCCCGCCGGCCCUAGAGACCCCCGAGCCAGAGGAGGCGGCUGAGGAGGCGCCAGCCCGGAGGAGCCCCAUGCGGAGGAGCCGGCGCGGAGGGGGCGGCCGCGGCUGCUGAGGGGAAAAGAGCGGCGGGAAGCAAGGAGGGAGGCAGGGGGGACGGACGGACGGACGGACGGACGGGGGCUCUCUCGGCUAGGACCGGCCCGGCGGCGGCAGCAGCAGCGAUUCUCGGGGCAACGCGGGGCGAGAGGGCGAUGUGCCCGGAGGAGGACGGCGGUUGUGGCGGCGGCGGCGGGGGGGACGAAGGCGCGGCGGCGGCGGCGGUGGCUGCUGCUUCUGAGGGGACUUCCGCCGCCUCGGCUCCCGCCUCGGUGCUGCUGAGGGAGCUGCGCUCGUGGUGGGAAGUGCCGGCCAUCGCUCACUUCUGCUCGCUCUUCAGGACCGCGUUCCGCCUGCCCGACUUCGAGAUCGAGGAACUUGAAGCAGCUCUGUAUAGUGAUGAUGUCGAUUUCAUCAGCGAUCUGAUUGCCUGUCUUCUCCAGGGCUGCUAUCAGCGCAGUGACAUUACGUCUCAGACGUUUCACGGUUACCUUGAGGAUAUUAUCAACUAUCGCUGGGAGCUGGAGGAAGGAAAGCCUAACCCUUUACGAGAAUCUACAUUUCAGGAGUUGCCACUGCGUACCCGCGUGGAGAUUCUUCACCGCCUUUGUGAUUACCGACUUGACGCUGAUGAUGUCUUUGACCUGCUCAAGGGUUUGGAUGCAGAUAGCCUCCGAGUGGAACCUUUGGGUGAAGAUAGCAAUGGUGCCCUCUACUGGUAUUUCUAUGGUACUCGAAUGUACAAAGAGGAACCAGCCAAACCAAAUGGAGAGCUGGCUUCAGACAGGGGAAGUGGAGCACAGGCAAGCACUCCAAGCAUUCCUGGAAAAGUGGUGAAAAGGCGAGGUCGACCCCCAAAACGGAAAAAAUUGCUGGAGGAGAAUCUCUUGAGGGAGAAGGCAGAAGAAAAUGCAGUUUCACAUGAUUCACAGAUGAGAAAUGGACCAGGUCAUGGAACAUGGUGGUUGCUGUGUCAGACAGAAGAGGAGUGGCGGCAGGUCACAGAGAGCUUCCGAGAGAGAACGUCCUUGAGAGAGCGACAGCUCUACAAGCUCCUGAGUGAAGACUUCCUGCCAGAAAUCUGCAACAUGAUUGCACAAAAAGAGAAACGUUUGCAGAGGAUGGAGUUUUCUCCCAGAUGGAUGUCUGAUCAUCAGCACAUCAAGCCAAUGCGGCACGAGGUAACCCCAAUGGUACUUAGCAGAAUGGAAAAGCAGAGGCGCAGGGAAGAAGAAGAAGAAGAGCGCCAAAUCCUUCUGGCAGUUCAGAAGAAGGAGCAGGAACAAAUGCUGAAGGAGGAGAGGAAGCGAGAAAUGGAGGAGAAAGUGAAGGCAGUGGAAGAACGAGCGAAGAGAAGGAAGCUCCGGGAAGAGCGGGCAUGGUUGCUGGCCCAGGGAAAGGAACUUCCCCCGGAGCUUUCUCAUCUGGAUCCCAACUCACCUGCUAGAGACGAGAGGAAGGCCAAGGACCUCUUUGAACUUGAUGAUGAGUUUACAGCGAUGUACAAAGUUCUAGAUGUGGUGAAAGCCCACAAAGAUUCCUGGCCUUUCUUGGAGCCAGUUGAUGAAUCCUAUGCUCCCAACUACUAUCAGAUCAUUAAGACUCCGAUGGAUAUCUCUAGCAUGGAAAAGAAACUAAAUGGAGGGCAAUACUACACCAAGGAACAGUUUACGGGAGACAUGAAGAUCAUGUUUAGAAACUGCCUUAAAUAUAAUGGUGAAAACAGCGAGUACACUAAAAUGGCUUACAACUUGGAAAGAUGUUUUCACCGGGCAAUGAUGAAGCACUUCCCUGGAGAAGAUGGGGACACUGAUGAUGAGUUCUGGAUUAGAGAGGAUGGGAAACGGGAAAAAAGAAGUCGUCGGACCAUACGCUCCAGUGUUUGGACGCGGUCCAAGGACUCUGAAGGGCCUGGCCGGAGACAACAGCAUCUGCAAAAUGGAGGAAAACUUCCACCACAUCGGGCAAAACAUCGAGUUUCCACUUCUUCAUCUUCCUCCUUAUCCUCCUCUGUGGAUGAUCCAAGUAGCAGUUCGAUGCUGCCGACUGGGGAGGUGGCCUCUUCCAAUGGCCGAGGCUUUCUGCAGUCACAUCACUAUGGUGGAAUGCCCAGCCAUGUAUCCCAUCCUGGGCAGAUGAGGCCAGCAGUGCCAGGACCAUUUGGCUCCCUGCAUGGGUCUGAUCCUGCAAAACCAUAUGGAUCACCACGAGUACCAGAACCACACCCUGGGGAACCAAGUCAGCAGCACCAGCACUUUGCCAUGCAGCCUACUGUUGGACUGAAUGAUCCCAGAGAACAUCGGCUUCCUGCUCCAGAGAAACAGGUGUGUGCAGGACCAAUGACUGUCCCUUCAAUGGGACCACAGCCUGGAUCCCUACAGCUUGGUCGGAUGAGUGGCCCACCCACAGAUGCCAGCAUGUAUUCUCCUGCACAAUUCCAGCAAGGAUUUCUUUCUCCAAGACACAAUGGACCUCCUGUGAGGCCACCAGAGCCCUCAGAGCUUCCUCCCAGCCAUAUGUACAGACCUUUCCUAAACCGAGCACAUCCUGCUGUGUGGAAUGGAAGCCACGAGGCAGCAAACCAGAUGGCCCUGGGUGUAGGCAAGAAGCUUCCCAUGGGCCCACGCCACCCUUUGCCACCCCGUGCUUUGAGUCACAUGAUGGACCCUCGGGUACUAAGGCCGCCUUUGCCACCCAACCAAUGGACUGAGCAACCCAAUUUCCUACCUCAUGGAGUUCCACCCUCAGGAUAUAUCCGACAGCCAGGAAAAGCCACUGGUCAGAGAAUGCAGCAGCAGCUACCGGCCUCAUUGUUUGGGCCUCCCCCGCAAGUGCAGAGAGGAGGCCAGGGCGGGGAAUCCAUGAUGGACAGUCCAGAAAUGAUUGCCAUACAGCAGCUGUCUUCCCGGGUAUGCCCACCCGGUGUGCCUUACCAUCCCCGUCAACCCCCUCCCCCACACUUGCCUGGACCCUUCCCUCAGCUGGCUCGAGUGGCAUCUACCAACGUCCAACCUCCAAAGCCAGUUUUAGGGAACAGGAACUCUCAGGAUGCUCUCCGGACAGUAGAUCCAGAGAACAACAGAGUGGACCCUCCAUCAGGAGUUGAAGAGAAAACGACGUGUGUCGGCCUUCCAGAAAGGACAUACCCCAAGCUGCUACCUCAUUCCAAGUCCCCCUUGCAAACAGAUUACUCAAGGCAGAGCGUGACACAAGAAGGGGAUGGAAAUGAUUCUACGACUAAAAAUGACCCAAAAGCAAUGCAGAGCAAGAGCACAUGGUCAGCAGAGGGUAGCUAUAUGAGGCCAGAGGCCCAGGGCGGUGCGAGGGACAUUCCAGCCACAACAGAAAGAGAGACUGCCCCUGAAAAUGGCGCCGUGGGUGCUGAAGGGCCAUCCAGUGGAUCAGAAGGAAAAGCAGUGCCUGCUCAUUUCUUGGAGAAGCCCCGUUGCACUGGAGGGAAAAGCCUGCUGGAAGCAGCUGUGCCUUGCAUGGGACAGAGCACCAGUGUUCCUGCUGGUGUGGAUGGCAAUCCAGUGGGAGGCAGCCCUGGCCAGUUCAGCCCUCUUUACAUGCACAGCUUGGAGUAUCCAAAUUCAGCCACGCGUUACCACCUAAAUUCAGGACUGCAGGGGUUCAAUCCUAUGAUGGGAGGAAAGCCCCCGCCAGUGCCCCACACCCAGCAUUUUCCUCCUCGGGGAUUUCAGCCGAACAACAGCCCCCCUGGUGUCUUCCCCCGCUACCGUCCUCAUCAGGGAGUGCCAUAUCCAUACCAGCCACAGCCUCCUCCUUCCUAUCACCACUACCAGCAAUCUCCUUAUUACGCUUGUCCACAGGGUUACCCAGACUGGCAGAGAUCUUUCCCUCCGCAGUCCAGUCCGACCCAGUCACCUCUGGGCCGGCCCCCUUUCUCAGACAGAGGGACCAUGGGUGGCGGCAUGCAGGGCUGUGAGGUGGUCAGCGCUGCUUUGGCUUCCCCGAACCAAAUAGAUAUGGCCAGCGCCAAAGAGGUUCCAAGCACUGGGCAGGAGCUGCCGCCUGAGGCUAAGAAACCAGAUGAGUCCCAGGAGAGGUCUGAGAGUCCCAAAGAGUUUCUCGAUUUGGACAACCAUAAUGCAGUUGCCAAGAGGCAGAGAACAGUGGCGACAGGAGAGUAUCUCUAUGGCUCUCCCCCUCCACCUGUGAGGUCUGGGAUUGGAUUUGGCCCAUCUGCUUUCCCACCCCAUGGUGUCAUGUUACAAGCAGGGUCCCCAUACCCAUCGCGGCAUCCGGCCAGUCACUUCCAGCCUCGGGCUUAUGGAUCACCAGUGAAUGCUCACUUGUCAAACCAUCCAGCUGCCAAUCAAGCAAAUGGACUUGCUCAUGAAGGACCUCUUUACCGUUGCCAAGAAGAAAAUGUGGGACACUUUCAGGCCUUAAUGAUGGAACAGACAGGACGUGGAAGUGGCAUGGGGGGACUGUCCCCAGAUAUGUAUAGACCACCAGGAAUGCACAUGCACCAACCCCAAGCCCCAUUCCCAAAGGUGCCUCCAGCAACACUACCCCGAGAAGAACUGCCACCACAAAAACCGUCAGCAUUGCCACUGGAUCAGAGCUAGUCCAAGAAUGGAAGACUUCAAAGGAGACACGAGCCACAUGCAACUAGAUAAGGGCAAAGAGGGGCAUUCUUUCUACCCUUAUUUUCUUCCCCAGCAUCAUGUAGCUUCAAAAGUCUUGUGGAGCACAGAGCCUUGCUGUCUUCCUGUAAACAUGGAUUUGUCCUGGAUCUGAGCCAGCCAUGGCCACUUACAAUGACGCAGAGAGAGCAUCUCAAACAAGUGACUAAUUUCUGACCAGAGACUUUGGCUUCAUUCAGGGUUUUUAAGGGGCUCUGUUUGAGGGGCUUGAAACUUCCAUAAACUGCUAAAACUCAGGUAUAUUUUUCAGGGUGAAAAACAGGAAACUGUGGAUAGUGCUUGUGUUAACGUGUGUGUGUUUGGAACGGAAUCCAGUUUACAGAAUUUUUUUAACCUGUUGCCUUUUUUUAAAAAGAAAAACAACUUUCGUUGGUGAAUGUAUUGUACAUUAUUGAGGGGUGGGGAGGCCCAGAAUGUAGCAAGCAUAGCACUGGGAUGAUCCUGAACUGUUUACAAUCAUGGCACACUGAAACCAUUCAAGUGAGAGUGAAUGGGGGAGACUCUUGAGACUUCUUACAAUCUUCACCACCUUUUGUAGUCUGGGUCUGAGACACCAUCUGGUACCCGCUCGCAGGAAUCGCUCAGGAAAUGUCACGAGGCUCCCCUCUCCUGCCCAUAUGUAGUAUGCACUACCACUUCCUGUCUGCACAGGAACAAGGAUAUUAGAUAUUUCUAAAAACCCUUGGGGUCUGUAGCAGGUUGCCUGGUGUGACCAGCAUGUCAGCUUCAAAAUCAUAGUCUAUAAAUUCUUCUCACUUUUCUCGCCGCACCGCACACCUUUAAAAAAAAAAAAGCUGAAGGCAAUACAGUUCGCAUGUCGGGAUACCAGACAUUGUUAUAGAAUUCCAACAACUGUGACAUUAGCAUAAGACAAAAAUCAUAUGCAUAUUGAACUAAUCGGUCUCUGUAUAAUUGUCUCUGACAUCCCUGUGAAAGCCAGGCAAGCGUGGCUGAAGUUUAGGGUCCUAUCUACCACAGUAUGGUUAAAAGAUGCUUUAGGAGCAUCAACAAUGACAUGAGAAAUGAAUGCAUUCUGGGAAUGUCUCUUUUACCGCUCAGAAAGUUGUGGGAUUGAUUAUGUUCUAGCUUUUCCUAGGAGGGAUCAUAACUUUUGACCAUAUUGCAAAUGCAAUAUUUGCUACUUCAGAAGCAACUAUAUUGUCCAUAUGGAAAUUUGACAAACCAUCUGAAUCUGCGAUGGAGAGAACAUGAAGUGCUGCAUGUUGAAAUUUUGGCAGAACCAUGUGAAGUUAUCAGGACUGAAAAGGGGGAAGGUGAGGUUGUUACAGGCCAUUACAGAGCAAGUCCUAUAAACAGUUCUUAAGCAGUAUAAGCCAUUGCAUACUGGGGCAUAAAAUAAUAGUAUAAAAACACAUAGGGAGAAUUGCACCAUGACUAAUACUUGAGCGGAAAACAACAGCAACACUGCUCUGAUAAUUAGAUCUGUAGGUUCCAUUCAGGCCUGCAUACCUGUUCUGUAGUAGCACGGAACACCUUCUCUUCUGCUAUUUCAAUACUACGAAUUGAUUCACUUGUUGCUUAGUUUAUAUCUGUGGGCAGGUUAGGAAUAGUCCUUCUGUUCAAGUGUAACCUUUCCCUCUCCCCCCCGGCUCUCCUCACUGUAGGUAGAAAUUAACCAAGUGGGAAACAUCUUGUGUUGGCUUGAGAUUCUCUGUUCAGUUCUGUGUGCAGCGACAGGAAAGGGGGGAGGAGGAUGUGGGUAGAUGAAACAGCCUGAAAUUCACUCCCAGUCUCCCUGCUUGGACCAUAGCAAAACUGGACAAGCCUGCAGGUACAAGCAUGUCUACUGGCUAGUACAAUGAACCUAAUGCAAUUUAAACAGGUAGCAUUCCUGUGUGGUAUGCUGUCCGUACAACCACUGCGGAUGGACAGUAUUUUUCCUAAGAUUGUAUGGAAAGAAACAGGUAUUGGCACAAGUUUCAAAAAUUAAAUUAUGCCCUAAUUUCAAGCAUCUUACCCCUCUCUGGUAUUAGCAGUUUAGGUAAUUUUCCAAACUUCAUUCCAGAGCAAUAGCUUGUAAUUUCACACAGACUGUUACCAUAUUAAUUUGGUGUAUGGUGUCCCACCUGUGGUUUUAAACUAUUACUGGGGAACCUCGUAGUCCUUCUCUUCCCCUUCAUUUCCUCUUACUGUCUUUUGUCUGAUGACUUUGCAUACUUUGCAUACUUUGCAUCAUAGUCUAUGAAACAGAAAGACCUGUGCUGUCAUAGCACUGUGUAGGAGAAGAUGCUUUGGAAGCAAAGAGCCAGUUUAAUCAGAAACAAGAAGUAGGUAGAUUGAGGUGCUGCGCUAGAGUAUUUUUAAGUGAUGGAAAGCAUGUGCUGCUUCAAGGCUCCUGCUUACAGAUAUGACAUUAGUGGUUGAACAGCAGGCAUGUGAGCUUUUUGUAUGGCUCAGGAGUGUGGCAGAGCGGCUUUUCCUCUGACAAAGCCCACGCUUAUAAUAACAAGGAGCCAUCUUGCUUCCUCCCAUCGAUGUCAAUUCAACAAACAGUGCUGCUCCAGCCUGUAGGAAUUCUUCGCUCUACACUCAGAAAGAAUCUUAAGAAAACAAUGCUGGUACACAAGGACCCCAGCACUUCUGGGGUUUUCCCUUCCAGUCAGCAAGAGAGUGUACCUGUGUACCUUUUUUUGUAUGAGUGAGUCCUUCUACUAUACAGUUCUGGCAAUGUUGUUGCUAGGUUGAGAUAGUGAAAUUUUUCUUCCUUGAAACAGAAAUUAAGUCCACAGCCUUAUUCCAGAAGCCAGAAACAGUAGUUAACUAUCUAUUUAUAAGGGGAGAAAGAAAAGAACUGAAGCUUUCUACUGAUGACACUGUUCUUUUCUCAGUAAAAAGAAUAUAAGUUUGCUCUGAAUUUAAUUCAACACAACAUUUUCUUAAAUUGGCAGAGAAACAAACACAUCUCUGAUUAUGGGCCUUUUCCCAUUUGAAUGUCAGCAAACAUUUUCUGUUCAUGUGAGACUUAGCUGCUCUUCCAUUCAUUCUUUCCCAACAGCCAGACUUGCUGUAACUUGAACCUCUAUUUCUCACCCAUCUCCAAUUCAACACCCAGGCGGCCCGUUGGGACUGGUUGGUGGGCAGCGAUGUGGAAGGAGGACAGGGCUUUCAUUUGCCUUUGCUUCCCAGAUCCAUUGUAUGUUCCCUGUAUCCAAAGCAAGCAUGCUUUGGAGCUGGCAAGGGGAGUGCAGGAAGAGACGCAUCCCACACCCCAUGCUCUUUCCAUGCAAAGUCAAAGCUAGAUGACUGUGCUCACAGGAGGAGGCAGGCUCCUUCUACGGUGGUGCACACUUGUCCCCAAGUCUGUUGUAGAAAGAGCUGGUGAGAGGGUGGAUAGGUCAAAGGUCAUGGGUGAUCAGUUGUCCUCUCGAUAACAAUGAGUUGUUACAGGGCAUUUAUCUGGAGCUUCUGCUUACUGAACUUGUCAAUUAUUCUAUUUAAUAUUUUAUGAAGAAGAGACCUUCACCCCCUUAUGGGGAGCAGGUAUGCUGUCUUUACUAAGAGAAUAUGGUUUGAUAGUGACAUAACUUUUCCCAUACUUGUGUUUAAGGCCUGAUUUAUAUAUAAUGCUGUGGGACAAAAGUUGACAAGUUCAGCUUAGCUCUGGCCUUUCCAUUAAUUUGUCAUAGAAACUGGGCUACCAUCCAUGUAAAGCUGCUGGGCAUGCUUAAAUAGGACACCAGAGGUCCACGGCCUGUGCAGGUAUUGCUCUCGCAUAUAAAACACAUCUAGCUGCUUCGCACAUGUGGCAGCCCAAUUGACAUGAGACGUUGCGCAGGUAAAAAAUAUCGCAUGUAAGGUACUCUCCGCUCAUUAGCAUCCUGCUUAAAUCAGGCCCACAUUUACAGGAAUUAGAUCUUGUGGGAAUAAUCAGUUGCUCUGGCAUACAAGUAGGGGUAGGCGAAAUAAAUAGGUGAGCUGUAGUUGCAGUCGUCAGAAAAUGCGAAAGUGGAAGUGAUACAUUUCAAACUAGGACCCAACAGAUGGUUGCAAUGUAAGGGAAUGAGGUGAGCAUGUUCCAACAAUGAAGCUGCUGCUGGCAAAUGUAUUUCUCACCGGGUAAGCGUGUUUGUGGUGAAGGGCAAAGUGAGAAAUUGGCAAGAACUCAUUUCUGGUCUUGUGCCAGACUUCAGAGGCACCAGGCGGUAGCAAGGCUUGUUGCUGAGCCUUCAGUCCAGUGCAGCCACUGGCAUGAGCGCCCCCUGCUCUGCCCAGCUCAGGAGAAGGGCACUCCUUUCUGCGUCCACAUGUGGCUUCGUAGGCUCUUGGUAGGAGCAACCUCUGGGUGCCACUGGAGCCCAGGAUGAAUGCAGAGAUCAAGACACCCCCUUUUCCAAGCCUGAGAUUCUUGCCCUUGGAGCUGUUCUUGUUUCAUAGAUGCAACAAAGUGCUGAAGACUUUUUAAUGGCUUCUAUACAGCGUCAGAGCACAGCAAGAUGUUCGACAGGCCUGUCCUCGGAUUUGUUCAGGGCAGUCAGUGACAAAGAAGGGGAGCCAGAUUUUGUGGGGUGAAUGUUUGGGUCAGGGAUAGAAAAACAGGACUAACCAGCAACAAAGUAAUGAAAAGGUUCAUCCUAUUAAACACGUGUCCAAAAAAGUUGCUUUACGAUGACACGGAUGUUCAUUAAGAAGGGUUCAGAUGGGAUGAGUAAUGCAGGGGGGAGAAUGUUGGCAGUAGUGAAUGGGGAGACUCUGGGCAUUAUUCCAGCUGUCGAUGUACUGGGCAGGCCCUGGCAUUUAAUGCCUUGUGUCUUCUGGCAAGUUUCUGUAGGAUGUAACUAUUAAGCAUGUAUUUCACUUUGACCGCAUACUAGGUGCUUAUUAAGAGAGCAGCAACAACCAAGAAAUUGCCACAAGGUUUCUUUGGCCUGGGAUCGGUGGAAUGCUUUUAGUUCUGGAUAUGUAGAAUCUCUGCACUAUAGGCAAGAGCUCAUUCCUCUGUUAAGCUGUCCUUUGGAUUUAGCCAUGAUCUGUACUGACCACAAGGUGUCACUACAAUGUCAAGCAUCCACAGAUAGUUUCCCAAACACUGGAGGAGGGUUUCCCAAUGUUAGGGUACUGACUCCUCCCUCAAGUUCAACAAAUGUAGAUGCAACUGGCGACUAAUGAUGGUGCUUUGCUCUUCCAUGAAAAAAAUAGUUCAGUGCCUAUUGCUGCCUUAUAGCAUUAUUAGCAAUAAAAUCCUAAUAGCAAAUGUGUUUUCUCCUUGGUCCCCUGAGCUGAAUAAGAGGUAUAUUAUAGGAAUCCGUAGCAGGGUUGCAAAAACUCAGUAGUCUUGGGCAAUUGUAAAAAUUUAGGCCUGACACCUGGGUUGCUGCAGAGAUCAUGAAGGACAUUUCCCCCUCCCCCUGGCCCUUAUUUGUUGCAUUUUUUUGUUUUCCAAUUUGCUGCCUGAUUGUUUCUGGGGUCCAUUGGAUUUUCUACAAAUAGUCAGUCGUGAGAGAGAGAUUUCCACUGUCAGAAGGAUAGAUUUUUUUAAAAAGUGGCAACGCAAAGAGGAAAAUCCUGUUUCCUGAAAUAAUAAUGUUUUUUUAUCAGAUAAUUCUUGGAAAUUCACAUGUUAAAUUGAAAUGGUGGAGCUUUGCCUAUCUUUCAUCAUUUCUGCAGUGUUUGCUGGAUUAUAGGGGUGGGAGGGAAAUGGGACGGUAUUAACUGUAAGUAACUUUGUAAAGAAUGUAACUUGCCUGUUUGAGGUGUAUGGAGAAGAACUGUGAAACGGCCCGUAGAGCAAAGGCUGGCAUCUUGUUUGGUUCUGAUGUGUUGGGAGGGGCCUUUCCAGCUGGAUCCUGGUCUUACACAUAGCUGGAGCCUUUGCUAGCCCACAGAACGACAAGCCCGUGGCUGUAAGAAGCAUCUCAUCACCCAGCUGUGAAAUUGUACUGACAAAACUCCGGGACACGUUCUGGACUGCACACAGCAACAUUUGGUUGGAUAAGUGGACUUCUCCUCAAAUGAGAUUUCGCAAGGGAGCUGGGGUGAACCCUCCAAGCCUCAGCAGACUGAAUGAGUGUUGGAAAACUACUGUAAUGAGCGUCCAUUGGGUACAUGAGAAGAACGACUGGAGGAGUCCCUGCGUGGCCAUCUCUUUUCUCCCCCCCGCUCUGCCACAGGGGCUCAGGUACCUCACUCAGCUGCCUUUUCUGCUGCUCCUGGAAGCCCUGGUCACUUUCCCUACGCAUGGAGCUCAGCAUCAGGGAUCCUUUGCUCUCCUCUUUUGCUGCUGCAAAAAGCUGGGUUCGAACUCUCCUGGUCAGUACUGGAAAGGGGAAUGCUAUUUAUUUUUGUAUUGUGUAUAUUUUGUCUUGGUCUACUGAUUCCCUUCACCACCUGAGAGCGACAGUUACCUCAAUAGUUAGCUUAAUAUUGUGUUUUGGGUAAUUUUUUUAAGGAUCCUUUUUUUAAAGAAAAAAAAAGCUCGUUCCUUGGAGAUCUGUAGAUUUUAUUUCCAUAAGAAUUUGUUAUUUUGUAUAAAGUAUGUUCUUAAAAUA